AUUUCCUCUUUCUUGACAUCCGGAUGUCCUGUAGCAUGGCAAAUGAAGAAGACUUCUUUUUGGAAGAAAAAAGAUUCAAGCAAUACUGUGAAGAAUUUAUUAGACAUUCACAGCAGAUAGGAGAUGGUUGGGAGUGGAGAACUAGCAAGGACCUCCAUGAUGGUUAUCUUAGUAAAACACACUUCCAAGUAAGAAAUAGAAACAUCCCACCAGAUCUCAAGGAGAAAAACAAUGAUAACAUUGAACAAAUAUUAUUUGCACAUGUUGAAGAGUCUUUGGAUGAUUCUCAAAUAGCUGAAGUUUGUGCAACAGAAGUGAUCCGCUAUGAGUAUCAUGUCUUGUACUCCAGCAGCUACCAAGUACCUGUGCUUUAUUUUAGGGCAUGCUUUUUAGAUGGAAGACCUUUAACUCUGGAUGAAAUAUGGAAAAGUGUUCAUGGAUGCUACCAGGCUCGUCUGCUGGAGGGGCCCUGGGACACUAUUACCCAGCAGGAGCACCCCUUACUUGGGCAGCCAUUUUUCAUUCUGCACCCCUGCCGAACUAAUGAAUUCAUGUCUUCUAUACUGGCUGGUUCACGAAAACGCAACAGACACACAAAUUACAUUAUAUUGUGGCUCAGUACUGUAGGCCCAGUUGUGGGUCUAAAUCUGCCCCUGAGUUAUGCAAAGCUAGAACCUGAGCAGAGUACAAAUGCUGAUUCAGUUGAAAGUGGACAAGAGCUGCUCCUUGAUAGAGGAGAAGAGAAGAGCCUGGAACAACUUCGAGCAUUAUUUUCAGUAUUAGUUCUUAGACCUUGGGAAGAUUCAACUGCUAAGCUGCUGCUGUGCAAAAUUUGUAGCUGGCUCAUACCUGCCCUUGGUUACAAGAAUCUGCAAGAAGAAUGA